CCGCCCUCGCCCCGCCCCUCCAGCUCCCAGGACCCGCCCCUGGACCGUGCAAUAAGAGAGCAGGGAGGGGCGGCCCGCCUUUUCCCUUCUCUCUCUCUCGGCGGCGCAGCGUCGGGAGGUGCCGGGAAGCGGCCCGCAGGCCUCGCCGCCCUGGACCCGCAGGCUAGCUGAUUCAUAUUUAAAAUGGAAGUUGACAUUAAUGGAGAGUCCAGGUCUAUUCUAGCUGCUCUUCCCUUGCCUAUCACUGAGGUGAGCACCGCGAGCAAGGCAGACUCGGAGAAGCCUCGCUGCUCCAGCACUCCAUGUUCACCAAUGCGCCAAACGGUUUCAGGCUACCAGAUCCUUCACAUGGAUUCUAACUACUUGGUUGGCUUUACAACUGGAGAGGAGCUUCUGAAAUUAGCCCAAACGUGCACUGUAGGUGAAGAGCAUAAAGUAGAAGCAGUGGUGCCUACCUUGCGCUCCAAACAGCUUGAUUCGGGACUCUCCCGUUCCUCCCGGGUAUGUAAAGCCAGAAGCCGCUAUUACCAGCCUUAUGAGAUCCCAGCUAUCAAUGGCCGUAGAAGGCGCCGGAUGCCCAGCUCAGGGGAUAAAUGCACCAAGCCACUACCUUAUGAACCUUACAAGGCUUUUCAUGGUCCUUUGCCUCUUUGCCUUUUCAAAGGCAAAAGGUCUCACUCUAAAUCCUUGGACUACCUCAAUUUAGACAGAAUGAACAUCAAGGAACCAGCAGAUACAGAAGUGCUUCAGUAUCAGCUUCAACACCUCACCCUAAGAGGGGACCGUAUGUUUGCUAGGAACAAUACAUGAAUAUAAAUUGUCUUUGGUUCUUCAUUGCAUCAAAAUUCACUUUGCAAUGUGGACAAUCAGGCACAGAAAUCAUAAUUGGCUAUAUCAGCAAAGAGUUGAUCCAGACCAUAAUUUAGAUGAGUACGAGUUUGAAGAUGGUGGAGGAAAAAAAAGAUAAUAAUUGGAAAUUCUGACUGCAGAUAUCUUUAGAACACCGUAAAGUAACAUAAGGUCUUGCAGAUGGAUACCUAGAGAUUAUGGUGAUUUAACACUCAGAAAUUGAUGUACUGUGAUCUGUGUUUUGGACUGGGCUCGCUGUAUGAAGCCACUCAUGGAUAAGCACUGAAGUACACUCUGAAUAUUAAAUGUAUGUGUAUAUGCAAUGACUUGCAUUUUAGGGGGGAAAGUUUAACUAAGAUAACGAGUUCUUUAAAAUAAUCCAGUUUACAUAUUAUUGUUACUGGUUUUGCACUGGAAAUGGGAAAAAAAUCACUGAUGAAAUUGAGCCUGGGCAUUUCAUUUACUGGAGCCAACUUUUGUGUGUGUAAUUGAAUUAAUUUUCAUAUUUCAAAUUGAUUUCAGUGAUUUUUUAAAAAAUAUUUUGAAGGAAAAAAUGAAAAAUGUUGGAAGGUAAACACUAGCUGACUUCAAUUUCAUACCUUCAGUUUUUCAAAACAUUGUCUCAUGGACUACUUGUGGAUCUUCACAGUAUGUCUGCAUAACUGCACUUAUCUGAAGAAUCAAAAUGAACAUUUAAAAUUUAGUGCUACCAUAUUACAUAGUUACGAUGAGAGGUCUUACUAGACCAUAUUUUAGCACUACAUCUGAACAUUCCAGUUUAUUUACAGCACUGAAUAUUGCUUUUUAAAAAACUUGAUUUGGACUUGGUGUUUUUUUAAAGCUUUGAAGGGUUCUGCUAGAUGAUCAUGUCAAAUCCACUGGCUUAAAAUGUUUGUUUGAAAAAAUCAUCUCCAAAUAAAUCCUAAUUUAACUUAGACUACUGGUAACAUUUAAAAAUAAUCUGUAAUGUUUUUAUUUAAUCUCUUUUAAGAUGUGCUGUUUAUUACUGAAGCAUUGUGCAACCAUGUUAGGUUUUUGGUCUAUAUGUUACUUAGAAGCAAAAGCUAAAAUUGGGAGCAUAGAGUAAGGGGUGCUUACAUUGUUUGUGAAACCGUUGUUUGCUUUUUAAAUGAUUCCUGACAGUGCAGUCCUAAUGUUCUUGAGUGAAAAGGCUGGACUGUUUGUUUCUUACAAAGAAAUGCAGAAGAGCGCACAUGCUUUGCAAGCCUAGGAUACAUUUCCUCUUUGCCACCUUUUCCCCAUAGUUAUGUCCAAAUUGCAGUGCAGAAUCUGUAGAAAGGUUUUGUUUAAAUUUGAGGGAAUUCCUUGUAAUUUUUACUACAAGUUGCACCCUUAUAUUGUACUGAAGAAGGAUUUCAUAAGAAACUGUGCUACAUAACCUUGAGUUUGACCUGAAGAGUAUGGUCCAAUGCCAAAGAGAGGGUUUUUACAUUUAUUGAGUGAACAUUAUUUAUUGAUUCUACCCUAUGAAACAACAUUGUUGACUAUGAAAUAAAAGGAUGAUGCACAUACCGUUA